AUGUUGCUCCCGGAGCUUGUUUCUCCGUUCUGCGUGAUUUCGUGCUUCGUAACCAUGACAGCUCGAACAGGCGGGCAAGCGGAUUAUCUCUAUCCUAACAAAGACAUCCCAGCGCCUUUGCCGGAGGAUUUCUAUAAGGAAUGGCUUGCCGGCGGCAGUCCCGCUGCUCAAGUUCGGAGCUCGGCUAGAUCGCAGUCUGGUCCUUCAGCAACGGAGGCCCUUGUUGAGCAGCUCAUCAAAGAAAAUCAGGACUUGAUUGAGAAGGAAGCAUUGAAACAGGCUGCCGCUGCCAGUGUCAACGUGCAUAACCCGCAGUACUCAAAUUUGAUCCCCCUGUCAUUCGACUAUGAUGACUUUAUCAAGAAGGAGGAAGAAAGACGUAAUAAAGCGCGAGAGAUGACGUUAAAACAGCUUCAUCUUGAUAAGUAG